AUGGUUGAUGCUCCACAGCGGCCGGCACUAACGCUCACCACCACUCGUGGCAUGGUUGAUGCUCCACGGCGUCCGGCACUAACGCUCACCACCACUCGUAACAUGGUUGAUGUUCCACAGCGGCCAGCACUAACGCUCACCACCACUCGUAACAUGGUUGAUGUUCCACGGCGUCCGGCACUAACGCUCACCACCACUCGUGACAUGGUUGAUGUUCCACAGCGGCCGGCACCAACGCUCACCACCACUCGUGGCAUGGUUGAUGCUCCACGGCGGCCGGCACAAACGCUCACCACCACUCGUGGCAUGGUUGAUGCUCCACAGCGGCCGGCACAAACGCUCACCACCACUCGUGGCAUGGUUGAUGCUCCACAGCGGCCGGCACAAACGCUCACCACCACUCGUGGCAAGGUUGAUGCUCCACAGCGGCCGGCACUAACGCUCACCACCACUCGUGGCAAGGUUGAUGCUCCACAGCGGCCGGCACAAACGCUCACCACCACUCGUAACAAGAGAAGCCUCGCGGGUCCGUGUGCUCAUUGUGAGCAAUGCGCUCAGUAG